UAAAAAUUACAACUAUUUUUAAACCAGGUAAUUUGUUGCCCAAGUAAGAAGUGAUAAGAUAUAAAUGUUAUUGUGCUCCUGUUAGCGAAUGCAUAACCAUUUAGAUGUUUUGUUCAAGGUUGCCCUGCAAACAAACUCUUGGUCUGAUAAAUAAGUGGUCCCACCAUUUACCAUGCGGUAGUGUUAUCACUGGGUGCAAAAAUGGUGUCAAAGUAAAAGUUUUUCCAGCCCAGAUUCGUUGCUUUAGUUCUAACUUUUCUGAGGAUUAUGGAAAGUAUUCGGAACCUGGAACGUAUGAAACUUUUAUUGGAUGGUUUACAGACUCUGGUAUAAUUCAAUCAGUAGAGCUAUACUUGACCAGCAUGCAUGACUUUACGCAUUUGCCCUGGUGGUUGUCAAUCACGCUUUCAACUUUUCUGCUUCGGGGAAUUGUUAUGACACCAAUGACAAUUUAUCAGAUGAAAAAUAUGAUAAAAUAUCAGUCUUUUAUUCCUGUGUUGGAAAAACUUCAAAAUAAAUUAAAACUUGACGUAGAAAAAGCUGCGGAGAAGAAAAAAUGGGACGACGCAACGAAAGUUUUAAAUUAUAAAGUCAAUCUGAAUCAUUAUAAAAGAAAAAUGAUGAAAGACAACCAAAUCCCAGGAAUUUUAAAACGAUAUGGGCUUCCAUUUGUUCAGAUUCCACUUUGGGUAUCUAUGUCUGUUGCGAUGCGACAUUUAACGUUAAACUUACAAUUUACCCCACCCAGUGACCAAUUAUUGAUCGUUGCAUCACAAUUGUCAACAGAAGGGUGUUUGUGGUUCGUCGAUCUAUGUUCAGUUGAUCCAUACUUCUUAUUACCAGUCUUACUUUGUGCUGUAAACUUGUUAAUUAUUGAGAUACACCGUGGUGGUAGAAACGAACUAAUAGGGCUGAACAAAGCCUUUGUUUACUUCAUGAGAACUAUUGCAGUUAUUUUACUUCCCAUUGCAAGCCAAAUGCCAGCGGGCGUUGUAAUGUAUUGGUUGUCUUCCAGUGUUUACGGAGCAAUACAGGCACUGGUGUUAAAAUCUUACAGGUUUAAAAAACUUGUCGAAAUUCCAAUUUCGCCAAAUGACAGCAAAACUCCUUAUAUGGAUAUUUUUAAUAGAAUUAUUAGAACUAAACAAAAGAAAAUUUCUUAAUUUUCUUAUUUUUUUAAAUAAAUGAAAAUUUCUCAAAUUUCCUAUUUUU